AUGGAGUCUACAGGCUCACGGCGCAUCGUGGUCUGCUCGCCGUCUGCUCUCAGGUUUGAACUUCUUGAACGUCAAUUUCUUACCCUAGAAGAGCUGACCAUGAAUCCCGAAAUGAAGCAAAAGGUGGCUGCGGUGCUAACCGUAACAAGGGAAGUGUUCCACUGGGGCUUCAUUCCGGCAAUUCUGUAUUUAGGAUUCAAGAAGGGUGCAGAUCCAGGAAUGCCAGAGAUCAAUGUGCUCAGCUUGCUUUGGCAGUGAAGUGUCCUGGGUGUCUAAAAAUCACCUCUCACCUUACCAGUCACCAGCACGCUUCGAGUAGCAAGGACAAGACAUGCGAAUCGCCCCCCGCGCACCUCGGAAUUAUCCCACAGCGGCUAUGCUGUAAAUUGUAGUGCUUCACAGGUUUUCUGGAGGUUUCCAUGGGAAUGAGUUGUCUAAUGGGAGAGGUUGCUGGGUUUUCCUGGAAGUGUUAGAAUCCUUGGUCACUCGUGCUACUUUCAUCUCCGUUCACUGUUUGUCGACAUCCGUCAUCUCCCAGUUUGCCCCAGAACCUGUCUUGAAAUGUAAAAUUUUCUUAGGAAAGAAUAAAAAUAGCUUACACUAAACA